AUGACUUUAAUUCAAUCCGCAAUUACGGAUAAAGCAUUAGUUAUCCAAGAACUACCAUCAACAGCUAAACAAAAAAAAGAUAGACCAGUUGAUCGGAAAGUUACCCAAUGGUUUCAAAAAAAUAAUUUAUGGCCUGAAUUACAACAAAUGUAUGAUUUUAAAACAAUUGAAGAUAUAACAACAUAUUAUAACGAUUGUAUUAAAAGUAUAUUCAAUAAAUUCUUUCGCAUCACCGAUUCAUCAUCAGAGUUAAAAUAUUAA